CUGAACGAGCGGCGGCGCGGGCGCGCUCCUCGGGGCGGUAAAGCGCGCCCCAGGCCUGGCCUGGCUGCUCGGGAGCGCGCCCCGGAGGCCCGCCCUGUCUUCGUCCAGCCGGACGGCUCCCGACGCGGCGGCUAACCCUGGCGGGCUCCUGCAAUCAAAUCAUCACUUAAGAGGAGACCGUAUAAGGAAUUCAUCUUAUUACCAGUGAUAUUCAAGCAUUUCUGAAAUGUAAGAAUCAUAACUGCAGUUCUGAUUCAUGGAUCUUCAAAGAAUGUAGAGCAGAGUUCAGGAUUUACAAAGGUGCAGAGUUGUGUGCAGAUCUGAAGACAUAUCCUGUGAAUUUGUAAAACAGAAGACCUGUUUGAGAUGUGGUGGUUUCAGCAAGGGCUCUGUUUUCUUCCUUCUGCCCUAGUAAUUUGGACAGCUGCUGCUUUCAUAUUUUCAUACAUUACUGCCAUAACACUCCACCAUGUUGACCCUGCUUUGCCUUAUAUCAGUGACACCGGUACCCUACCUCCAGAAAAAUGCUUGUUUGGGGCAAUGUUAAAUAUCGCUGCAGUUUUAUGCAUUGCUACAAUUUAUGUUCGUUACAAGCAAGUCCAUGCUCUGAAUCCUGAAGAGAAUCGUAUCAUCAGAAUAAACAAGGCUGGCCUUGCACUUGGAUUACUGAGUUGUUUUGGACUUUCUGUUGUGGCAAACUUCCAGAAAACAGAGUUUUUUGCUGUACACAUAUGUGGAGCUGUGCUCACCUUUGGUAUGGGCUCAUUAUAUAUGUUGGUUCAGACCAUCCUUUCCUACCAAAUGCAGCCCAAAAUUCAUGGCAAACAAGUCUUCUGGAUUAGACUAUUGCUGGUUAUCUGGUGUGGAGUAAGUGCGUUUACCAUGCUGACUUCCUCAUCAUUUUUGCACAGUGGCAGUUUCGGCAAGGAUGUAGACCAGAAGCUCCAUUGGAACCCCGAGGACAAAGGCUAUGUGCUUCACAUGAUCACCACUGCAGCAGAAUGGUCUAUGUCAUUCUCCUUCUUUGGCUUUUUCCUGACUUAUAUCCGUGAUUUUCAGAAAAUUUCUUUACGAGUGGAAGCCAAUUUACAUGGAUUAACCCUCUAUGACACUGCUCCUUGCCCUGUUAACAAUGAACGAACACGGCUACUUUCCAGAGAUUUAUGAUGAAGGGAUAAAACAUUUCUGUGACGAUUAUGAUUCUCAGGGAGUGGGGAAAAUGUUCAUGAAAGUUACUUACUCUGCUCUGAAAUUUUUAACCAGUUAAUCAAGGCUGACAGUGAUAUUGAUGAACACUGAUAAUCAAGAGACAUAAAUAAAGCCAUUUGAUAAGUUAUUUUAAAGGAUAUCAUCAAGAAGAGCAUGGGAAAACAUUUAUGCCUAUACUUUUUUUAAUCUCAGAAAAUAAAAACCAAAGGACUACAACACUGUAGAUUUUUUUCUACUUAAGAGAAACAACCAGAAGUACACCAAGCAGUCUACAAAAUCCAGCAUUUUGUAUUUUCUAAAUCACUGUAAAGCACGUUUUGUUUUAUAGGAGACAUUUUCCAGGACCCUGGAUACUCAGCAUUGCUCAGCAGCUCCUUUAGAAUUGGGUUUUGAAGUAAUUGUUAUACCAUAUCAAUACAUUUCUUACAGUCUUUAUAAAGUUUUUUUUCCUGCUGGAAUCCACUUAUUAAGGGGAGCAGAUCUGAAUUCAUUCAUGUAAGCACUUUCAUUGCUUAGGUUUUGCACAUGUGAUUCUGUAGGUAUUGAUUUAAUUCCUGCCACAAGACCAAAUACUAUGCCAACUGGUCUGUCACACACAUCCUUGGAAUAGGUUCAUUUACCUUAGUCUCUGAAAUGAGAUUUUAAUCAUUUAAUGCAUUGGAGAAGUAGCUAUAGGUAAAUUUACUUCAAACGUGAUUUACAUAAAACAAGGGCUAGUGUUCAUACAUAAGACUAAGAAAUUUGUGAAUAAUAGCAGAUAUGAUUAAUAUAAGUUACCACAAACUACAGCCAAGAGCUUCUUAGAUUUUCAUUUAUAUAGAAAUUAUAAGUAUUUGUAAAAGUAGUCUUGAAUGAAAAAAUAUUAACCCUUUUAAACAGGGUGUGAUCUUUGUAGGAAGGACAAAAUCAGUCGAAAGAAGGGUGGGGGGGGAAGCUAGGUACAAAUAGUUAUGAUACAUGCAUCCACCAAAACAACUUUCUCUCUCUCUGACAUGUAAGUGAUUGGAUAGCUUCUACUUGGAUCCGUAUCUGUGCAGAUAAAGAAUGGUUUACAGAUGCCAGAUAAAAUUCAAAAGAAGAAAAUGAUCAUCCAGAAGGUGGUGUCCAGUGACUGGUUCUCAACGGAAUUUUUGAAGAUUAACAGGGUUUAUCAUUUUAGAAGAAAUGGUUCUGUGGCCAAAAUAAAAGUUUAACAAGUGACAACAAGUUUAACGUAUAAGAGGGAACCCUUUAAAGGAAAAUGGUUAUCUGGUGUAAUUAGAAAUGUCAAUUAGGAAUAACUUUCUAGAUAUAGGACUGUGUAAAUAAUACUCCUGAUGGAAUAAAAUACUAUUUACGUAUAUCAUGCAGUAGUGACCAUGGGAGAUAUUUCAAUAAAUAUUGAUUCAUUGAAAUCUGGCAUCAUUAGAAAAAAAAAUUGGAUACAAACCAUGAACAAUUUCUUUCAUGCCUCUGAAAAUCAUGUGCAACCCACCUGAGAGCCAGUGGUUGGUCCUGACUCCUGUACAUCAAGGAAGCUGAAAUUCAAGUUGUGAAGGACCACAUAUGGUGAGAGGGGAAUUGAUAGAAUCAAAGUUUAUAAAUUACAUUUGGGGAGGAUGACAAAGGGAAGAACUUGGACUUAUGGGUCUGUACCCGAAUAUUAGACUUAGAAAUAUGCACUAACGCAUUAAAGAAAUUACUGUAAAACAAAAUGUUACUUCAAUAGUAUUUUAAUCCCAUUAUUUACCCUUUACCCUUAAACAUGACAGAGGCUGGAAAUGUUAAUAAGUUCAAAAGGGGAUUACAAAUAGAUUUUUGAAUGUGUGUUUAUCCCUCACUUAUGCAGAAAUAAUGGAAGAGAACCACACCGUCCCUUAAAAUAUGACUUGCCUCCAGUGUCAGUACAGUAGCUUAUAUAAACAGAUAAGGCAUUCCUCCUCAGUUCUCUCAACAUUAUGUAUUGAACAUUUAGUGUGCAAGAUAGAAGUUUUAAGCUGACAAAAUUAACAGAUUCUAUGAACUGAAUGUAUCUAUUUCUUUUUUGUUCUGGAUACACAGCAAAACUGCAUUUCCAAGCCCCCCUUUCAAUUAAGAAUUGCAUGAGACUGAAUAUUAGCCAGUGAAAUGUAAAUGAAAUGGAAGUAUUUGUUGUUUUCAUAUUAAGAUUCUGAAAAAUGGGAAUGCCCUUACCCUUUUUUUCUUCUUAUAUUCAUUUGAUAUUAAUGAUAAGAUUUUAAGAAUUGGCAGAAUCACAUGGUAAAAGAAACCUGAACUAGCCCACUUCUAAUUUAUAUUUUAGAAAAUCAAACAAGAUCUGUAAUUUACAAAUCCCAUUUUUAUCCAUCCCAGUUACUGAGAUUAGAUUUUGCUGGAAUAACAGCAUAUAUUGUAAGUGCUCAGUGGAUUUAUGAAAGAGAAAGAACUUUUCUUAUCUCUUUUGCCUUUUCCUGUAUAGACUUGCUGUGAAAUGCAGUUCUGUAAACAUUGGCUUAUCUUCAUAAAUCCAUGAUUUAUGUCUUGCUUCUUUUCAAUCAGCCAGAUUGCUAGUUUUAGAAAGAAUGUACUCAUUUACUAGGAAGAUAAGAAUAUACAACAGAAAUAAAACAGGAAAGAUCUUU